AUGGCAAAUAAGGUCGAACUGCAGCGGAAAGAUAUCAAGGGGGAUGUACUCAUCGACGAAGCCGUCUUCAACAUUCUCAAUGACUAUCUCCAACUAGACAGCUCUGUCUCUGCAGCGCAAGUAGCUGCCACUAUAUCAAAGCUUCCACCUGAGCCAAAGGGCGACAGCAAAACUUUGGACGAUGGCUUCUUUUAUGAUUUAUGGGGAGGCAUCAUUUCCAUCGCAGAACAGAUCCCGUAUGAAUAUGCUGCUCAAGAUAAACUAGUCAAGCUCAUGAGGGAGUUAACGCUACUGUCCGAUACUGGAAUCACUGUAUGGCAAUCCCGGCUGUGGACCGAUCUUCCAGUUCUCGCAGCCGCCUUUAGGGAAUAUCUUAAUGGACCUGCUCAAUCAAAGGUCAAAGAGGAACAGCUACGUAUCGAUCAAGCUUGGAUACGGUUCCACGCUUUCUCUGCCAAGCUCAUGGGCGCCGGGGUGAUCCAUUUUGCAAACCAGCCCAUAUGGAUGUUACGCGAUGCGCUUGAGGAGGAAAAGAACCCACCAAAGAGCAGUGCACUGGAUAGAGACUUGAUAACUGCAGCGAUUUAUAUCGAGUUCUUCGGCCCAGUAAUGAUCGAAAGGCUGGCUGCGGAUCCGGAUCCAAAGCUUUCCAACGAGGACCGCCGAUUACUUAAAGGCGGAUCGCUUUUCCAUGGGGAACCCGGAUUACGAUCGGACCGCUGGUCAUUCUGGACUAGGAGAUUUAGAGAAGAGGCGGAGAAAACAAGUACCAAAGAAGCGAGGGACAUUGCUCUACGAGCUGCUCGGUUGAUGGAGGUUUGGAGCGAGACAAGACUGAACCCCCAAUAG